AUGGUCCCCCGAAUACUUUUGAUACUGUCAGGAUCACCAUACUGACUCCAAUUGUCCCGAAUAGUUGGUGAUCGAUCUGACUCUACAACCUAUGUUCGCAUGAAACUCAAGGCUGCCGAAGAGGCCAACAUUAGCUGCGACUUACUUCACUACCCUGAGUCCAUAACCGAGGCAGAACUGCUCGCAAAUCUCCAUAUUUUCAACCACGACCCCAAUGUUCACGGUAUCCUCGUGCAGCUGCCGCUUCCCGAAGGCAUUAACGAGUACAUCGUCACGUCUGCGGUCGCCGAUGAGAAGGAUGUCGAUGGUUUUGGGGUUGCUAACAUUGGUGAGCUCGCCAAGAAGGGCGGCCAUCCGCUGUUCGUUCCCUGCACGCCAAAAGGCGUCAUGGUCCUGCUGGAAGAGGCGGGAGUAGAUCUCAAGGGGAAGAACGCCGUCGUCCUCGGCCGAAGUGAUAUCGUUGGGAGCCCAGUCAGCUAUUUGUUGAAGAAUGCGGACGCAACCGUCACCGUCUGCCACUCUCGGACACAAGACCUCGAGGGGUACUUACGCAAAGCUGAUGUCGUCGUAGCGGCGAUUGGCAAGGCUCAGUUCGUCAAAGGAGAGUGGUUGAAGCCUGGCGCAGUUAUCAUCGACGUUGGCACGAAUUAUAUCCCGGAUCCAUCAAGGAAGUCGGGCCAAAGACUGGUUGGAGAUGUGGACUUCGAGGCAGCUGCGAAGGUCGCAUCCUAUAUCACGCCAGUUCCAGGAGGCGUUGGUCCCAUGACGGUUGCCAUGCUGCUGCAGAAUGUCGUCGACGCUACUUCUAUGUACUUUGAGAGGCAGAAGCGGCGCCGUAUUGUACCCCUGCCCCUGAAGCUUCAGGACCCAGUGCCUACUGAUAUCGAAGUCUCGAGAGCACAAGCACCCAAGCAGAUCACGCGGGUUGCCGAGGAAGUUGGAGUUUAUCCCCAUGAAUUGGAACCUUACGGUUCAUACAAGGCGAAGGUCGACCUCAGCCUUUUGAAGCGUCUCGAGCAUCGUCGUAAUGGUCGCUAUGUCGUUGUCACUGGCAUUACACCUACACCUCUGGGCGAAGGCAAGUCGACGACAACGAUGGGCCUUGCUCAAGCUUUGGGAGCUCACCUGGAUCGACUGACCUUUGCCAACGUCAGGCAGCCCAGUCAGGGUCCUACCUUUGGAAUCAAGGGAGGGGCAGCAGGAGGUGGAUACAGCCAGGUCAUCCCCAUGGACGAGUUCAACCUUCACUUGACUGGAGACAUUCAUGCCAUCACGGCGGCCAACAACCUCUUGGCUGCUGCCAUCGAAACCCGGAUGUUCCACGAGAACACGCAGAAGGAUGGCCCCUUGUACAAACGAUUAGUUCCUGUGAAAAAUGGCAAGAGGCAGUUCGCCCCUGUUAUGUUCCGACGGUUGAAGAAGCUGGGCAUUGAGAAGACGGACCCGAACGAGCUCACAGAAGAAGAGGUUCACAAGUUUGCGAGAUUGGACAUCGACCCCGAGACCAUCACAUGGCGAAGAGUGCUCGACGUCAAUGAUCGCCAUCUACGUGGCAUCACCAUCGGCACGGCCCCAACGGAAAAAGGACAAACUCGAGAGACUGGCUUCGAUAUCUCGGUGGCCAGCGAGUGCAUGGCUAUCCUGGCAAUGAGCACCGAUCUGGCAGACAUGCGAGAGCGACUUGGUCGCAUGGUCAUUGGAAGUUCGCGAUCUGGAGACCCUGUGACUUGUGAUGAUAUCGGCGCUGGAGGCGCGCUAACGACAUUGAUGAAGGAUGCUAUUAAACCCAACCUAAUGCAAACUUUGGAGGGAACGCCAGUCUUUGUCCACGCAGGUCCCUUUGCGAACAUCAGCAUCGGGAACAGCUCGAUUCUGGCGGACAAGAUGGCCCUAAAACUGACAGGUACCGAGUCGGACGAAGAUCAUAAUGCCAAGGCAGGAUUCGUCGUAACCGAGGCGGGCUUCGAUUUCACUAUGGGUGGAGAGCGUUUCUUCAAUAUCAAGUGCCGGGCAUCUGGCCUCGUGCCUGACGUCGUGGUCAUUGUCGCCACCGUGCGCGCGCUCAAAGUCCAUGGCGGCGGUCCACCGAUCACCCCUGGUGCUGCUCUCAAUUCCGUCUACAAGCAGGAGAACGUUGAGAUAUUGCGCAAGGGUUGCGUCAACCUCGCUAAGCACAUCCAGAAUGCAAAGACCUUCGGCUGUCCGGUGGUAGUGGCUAUCAACAAGUUCUCCACAGAUACCGAUGCCGAAAUCGAGGUUCUUCGCGAGGAAGCAGUCAAAGCCGGCGCGGAGGACGCCAUCCUAGCAAACCACUGGGCGGAGGGAGGCAAGGGCGCUGUCGACCUUGCCAAGGGUGUGAUUGCUGCAAGUGAAAAGCCCAAGGAUUUCAAGCUGCUUUAUGAUUUGGAUGGCAGCGUGCAGAGCCGCAUGGAGGCCAUUUGUCAGAAGAUGUACGGAGCAUCUGCCGUCGAGUUUAGCGAACUGGCACAGACGAAAGUCGACACGUACACCAAGCAGGGCUUUGGUAACCUGCCUAUUUGCGUUGCAAAGACGCAAUAUAGUCUGUCCCACGACCCUGACCUGAAGGGUGCUCCCACAGGCUUCACGGUGCCGAUUCGGGAUGUGAGAAUGGCUGCUGGUGCUGGAUAUCUAUAUGCCCUUGCAGCAGAUAUCCAGACCAUCCCCGGUCUACCCACUGCGCCGGGAUACCUGAAUGUCGACGUAGAUACCGAGACGGGUGAGGUAGACGGGCUGUUCUAGACGUGUGGUUAUAGAGGGGAGAGUGGCAUGAAACAGCAAUGACUGUACCAACAAAAACAACUCAACUAAUAUACUCGGCUCUUCAACCUAACGAGCACUAAAUAGGGUAUCGAAGAAAAAUCCAUCAUUUAUCAACAGAAUCACA